UCGCAGGUGGCGUGCGGCGGCUUACACACGUGGGUCCUGUGCAAGGAUGGGAAGCUCUUCUCGCGCGGGUGCAACGACGAAGGCCAGCUUGGCCGCCAGGGCGACACGUGGUCGCUGCAGGAGGUGACCGGCCUGCCUAGCGACGUGGUGGCGUCGCAGGUGGCGUGCGGCUCUAAUUACACGUGGGUUCUGUGCGAUGACGGGCGGCUCUUCUCCUGCGGCCACAAUCAGUUCGGCCAGCUGGGCCACAGUAACACCUACUACUCGUCGUCCUUCACGCUGGAGGAGGUAGACGUGUCGGGUCUAGACGGUGCGAUGCCGUCGCAGGUGGCGUGCGGAAAUGGACACACAUGGGUGCUGUGCAAGGGAGGGCGGCUCUUCUCGUGCGGCGACAAUGGCUACGGCCAGCUUGGCCGCACGGGCAACAAGAGGUUGCUGCAAGAGGUGGAGUGUCCAGACGGCGCGGUCGCUUUGCAGGUAGCUUGCGGUGGUAAGCACACCUGCGUACUGUGCGAGGGAGGGCGGCUCUUCUCGUGCGGU